UACACAAGCAGCAGCUAGCGUGACCGAAAAUUGUUAGCUUAAAAUUGUGACUUCACUCGUUCGACUACCAGUCAGUUAUCGACCGUUCAGUUAAACAUACUGAAACAGUUAAGGUUCCAUUCACGGAGUAGAGUGUACGCCGCGGCUGCAUUCUAAAGGGGUAGUGAUUAAAUCAAUAAAUGUGCGUAAAUUCCAAAUAUAAAGUGAUAUAAGAAAAUAGUUCAACCGAGAAAAAAGUGAAGCAACAGCGCACGCUAGUGAGUGUUACCAAAAAAUAGAAUAACCAAUAAAAUAAGAUCAGUCAAGCACACCACCCCAAAGGCAGCCAAAGCGAAGAUGAAUGUCGAGAUCACACCGAAUUACUCCUACAUCUUCGACUUCGAGAAUGAAUUCAUCCACCAGGAUACACGUGUCUGGAUGGUCAAGAACUGGCAUUACGUGUUCUACUAUUGCGGGAUCUAUAUGGCUGUGAUUUUCGGAGGACAGCAUUUCAUGCAAAAUAGACCAAGAUUCGAGCUACGAGGGUUGCUAGCGAUAUGGAACACGCUACUAGCAAUGUUCAGCAUAAUGGGUGCCUGCCGGACAGCUCCAGAGCUUGUGCAUGUGCUACGGCACUAUGGCCUCUUCCAUUCCGUGUGUGUGCCUAGCUUUAUCGAACAUGAUCGCGUCAGUGGUUUCUGGACGUGGCUGUUCGUACUAUCCAAACUUCCCGAGCUCGGCGAUACAGUGUUCAUCGUACUUAGAAAGCAACCGCUUAUCUUCCUGCACUGGUACCACCACAUCACUGUCCUGAUGUACUCGUGGUUCUCGUAUACCGAAUAUACCGCCUCUGCCCGUUGGUUCAUCGUUAUGAACUACUGUGUCCAUUCGGUGAUGUAUACGUACUAUGCGCUACGAGCCUUGAAUUUCAAGCCUCCUCGCUCGAUUGCCAUGGUGAUAACGGCCCUUCAGCUCACUCAGAUGGUUGUAGGGUGUGCAAUUAAUAUCUGGGCGCACGGUUUCCUGCAGACUGCCGGCAAAGGUAGCUGCAACAUCUCAGAGAUGAACAUCAAACUAUCGAUCGCUAUGUACUUCAGCUACUUUGUUCUGUUUGCUCGAUUUUUCUACAAGACCUACCUUUCGACGAACGCACGUAAAGGCAAACGGUCUGCCAAGACGAUUUCCAGCAGCAGUGCUGUCGAGUAUACUAGCAAACACGUCCCCGUGCCCAUCAAUGGCAACUUGGCGAUGGCAACCCAAACUGACAAAGUCAAAGCACAGUAAGAAAGUGUCCGGACUGCACACCUGCAAUGUUAUGCGCACCACAUACAUGGAAAACACCACAAAGAAAUCAAAUUUCGUACCAAGGAUCUUAUUUUUACUACUGCAGUCACCAUCGCCGUCACGUUUUUUCCUGUUACCACUUGCGUAGAUACCACCUAUCAUUUUAGCAAAAAAAAAACGAAUGAAGUAGCUGGAUUCAGUCAAUCGUUACUUUUUUCAGUUGCAUGUUUUAUUCUUACUGCCAAAAUUUAAAGCUGAACAACCAUCACAGCCAACGAUCAAGACAAUUAGUAGCAGAUAAAAAAUACGAACAAACCAGCACUAUAUUUAGGAAGAAGUCAGAAAGAAGAAAAUGCAGCUCCCCAAACAAGAUAACAAUUGAUCAUGCUUCCGCUUAUGGUACUUUGCAGACAUGCUGGGGUCCCAGGAGUACAUCAUAGUAAGGUAUAAUUCGGCAUUCUUUUCGAAUCAUGUGUGCGUAUUCAGGUGAAAGAAAGAUUAGUACGUGCGAGAACGUUAGAGAAGGGAAAAGUUUAAGUAAAACAUACGGGUGUUAACAAAGCCACUACCGAACCAUAAACGUAGUGGCAGUCCCAGUUAGAGAUUAUGAUUUAACGUCGAGGGUACUGAAGUAGGAGUUUGGGUUUAUUUUUUUAUCACUCCUCCUAGUGGGAGAGGGAAAUAUACAUAAUAGAAUAGAGGUUCUUUGGAACGGUUUUUUUUUCUUUCUGGCUAUUUUUAUUUCUUAUUUGAUAAAUUGUAGUUUUGUUCAUUGUUUUCGAGUGAUAUGAGACAGAAAGACUUUUCUACCUAAUGAAAGGAUUCGCUUUUGUAAUAAAUAGUAAAAAUUUCAGCUGCAUUAUCCAACGAUGCUAUGCUCUGACGAUAAGCUGUUCAAGUUCUAGAUGGGCCAACGAUGUUGGGUGAAUGCAAAUUCGCUAGUUAUUCAUAGAUUAGAGAGACUACAAACAAUUGCAUGCAAAUUUAUCACAUAUUUUGACUUUCCUUAUUACUUAGACAAUAAUGUCAAUUAGAAUGUUUUUGUAAUUGAAAAGGCAUCUUGUUCUGGUUCAGAUAGGUUCUAUGUUGGUCAAAAAGUAAAAAUUAUAUUUUUGGUAUCGAAGACUAAGUUGUAAAAUAACUAAUUUCAAGAAAGAUUGUUGAAAAUACUAGAGAUCCGCCUCUCACACUUCAUCCACAUUUUUGAAAAAUUUAUUUUCUCUUGUUUAUCAAUUUGGUUUUUUAUUCUUAAGUAUCCUUCCGGAAAGCUCAUAAGGUGCAACUAUUGGGGUCAGAGAGCUUAAAGAGACUAGAAUAACAAACAGAUACCACGUUUCGUUUCUGUAAUUUAUUGUCUGUUAUUUCAGUAAUAACACACAAUAUCAUUCUAAACAAACAAUCUAUCUAAAAAUUUUAGUAUCAUUUUUGGCGAUUUCUUUAAGUGAUUGAAUAAUUUACAGAUUUACACUUCAAAUAUCGAUAACAUGCCAACUUGUAGUCAUAACUAUUCCCUUUUAACAAAUACCAAAGGAAGAAAUGGGAUGGCUUGUUACAAACUAAAAUUAGUAUCAGUUUUAUCAUCAGUAGAUGACGGCUUCAUUAAAAUUAAUAGCACUUAUUAUUCCAAAUCUAUAAAACAGCUAACGAAGCAGUUUUGUCACUACCAAGCAGACAAGAUAGAAACUCGUAAACAAAACUUCAAACUUUGUGUUGGCUUCGCUGAGGAUCGAAAAAACGCGAUGUUUUUUCGCUCCCAGUGCGGUUUGAUUGGUGCAGAAUUUCGCGAAGCAUUUCAUUCCUGAGGAUAUAACUAUGUUCCAACUGGUUCAGAAAAACAACAAAACACGCAAGCGAAGCGGGCAGACUAGCGGUUAGAAGCAAGCGGAAUAAUAACAAACAUGAUCAUGCUUCCGCUUAUGGUACUUUGCAGACAUGCUGGGGUCCCAGGAGUACAUCAUAGUAAGGUAUAAUUCGGCAUUCUUUUCGAAUCAUGUGUGCGUAUUCAGGUGAAAGAAGGAUUAGUACGUGCGAGAACGUUAGAGAAGGGAAAAGUUUAAGUAAAACAUACGGGUGUUAACAAAGCCACUACCGAACCAUAAACGUAGUGGCAGUCCCAGUUAGAGAUUAUGAUUUAACGUCGAGGGUACUGAAGUAGGAGUUUGGGUUUAUUUUUUUAUCACUCCUCCUAGUGGGAGAGGGAAAUAUACAUAAUAGAAUAGAGGUUCUUUGGAACGGAUUUUUUUUCUUUCUGGCUAUUUUUAUUUCUUAUUUGAUAAAUUGUAGUUUUGUUCAUUGUUUUCGAGUGAUAUGAGACAGAAAGACUUUUCUACCUAAUGAAAGGAUUCGCUUUUGUAAUAAAUAGUAAAAAUUUCAGCUGCAUUAUCCAACGAUGCUAUGCUCUGACGAUAAGCUGUUCAAGUUCUAGAUGGGCCAACGAUGUUGGGUGAAUGCAAAUUCGCUAGUUAUUCAUAGAUUAGAGAGACUACAAACAAUUGCAUGCAAAUUUAUCACAUAUUUUGACUUUCCUUAUUACUUAGACAAUAAUGUCAAUUAGAAUGUUUUUGUAAUUGAAAAGGCAUCUUGUUCUGGUUCAGAUAGGUUCUAUGUUGGUCAAAAAGUAAAAAUUAUAUUUUUGGUAUCGAAGACUAAGUUGUAAAAUAACUAAUUUCAAGAAAGAUUGUUGAAAAUACUAGAGAUCCGCCUCUCACACUUCAUCCACAUUUUUGAAAAAUUUAUUUUCUCUUGUUUAUCAAUUUGGUUUUUUAUUCUUAAGUAUCCUUCCGGAAAGUUCAUAAGGUGCAACUAUUGGGGUCAGAGAGCUUAAAGAGACUAGAAUAACAAACAGAUACCACGUUUCGUUUCUGUAAUUUAUUGUCUGUUAUUUCAGUAAUAACACACAAUAUCAUUCUAAACAAACAAUCUAUCUAAAAAAUUUAGUAUCAUUUUUGGCGAUUUCUUUAAGUGAUUGAAUAAUUUACAGAUUUACACUUCAAAUAUCGAUAACAUGCCAACUUGUAGUCAUAACUAUUCCCUUUUAACAAAUACCAAAGGAAGAAAUGGGAUGGCUUGUUACAAACUAAAAUUAGUAUCAGUUUUAUCAUCAGUAGAUGACGGCUUCAUUAAAAUUAAUAGCAGUUAUUAUUCCAAAUCUAUAAAACAGCUAACGAAGCAGUUUUGUCACUACCAAGCAGACAAGAUAGAAACUCGUAAACAAAACUUCAAACUUUGUGUUGGCUUCGCUGAGGAUCGAAAAAACGCGAUGUUUUUUCGCUCCCAGUGCGGUUUGAUUGGUGCAGAAUUUCGCGAAGCAUUUCAUUCCUGAGGAUAUAACUAUGUUCCAACUGGUUCAGAAAAACAACAAAACACGCAAGCGAAGCGGGCAGACUAGCGGUUAGAAGCAAGCGGAAUAAUAACAAACAUGAUUUGCGAGUUUUGAACAUUUACAGUGCUGCUUGUAGCCUGUAGCAUAGUUUAUUUUUUCACUGAAUUCGGAUAGUGCCCCUUUGUUAUUCUAGUCUCUUUUAUAGUGAAUACAUACAAAUUAACAAAUUUUCAGUUUUCAGAUUGUUUUAGGACAAAUAAUAAUCAACUUAUUACUGCCCAAUCUAAAUUGAUUUUUUGGUCGGAAAAAUUGAAAUAUUCAUUAAAAAAAAUAUUUUUUAACUUGCUGAUAUAAUAAUGAACAACUGGUAAAAAAAUCCGAAAAAUAAUCUGUUUAUUUGUUUCUGAAGUAUCGUGGUCGUCGCAAAGGAGCUUUCCAAAAAAAAUGCGAGAUAUUCGAGUUUAAAGUUCAGUGCACUAAGGAAACGUUAAAACAGAAUGGUCUAUGAAUAGCUGUAACGUAACACAAGUUGUACUCCGAUCUUGAGGAAAUGUUAAGAUCAUUUUCCUAAACUUAUGCACUAGAGUGAUAAGAAAAAAAUGACCUUCAUUGGCCUAUCCUUGCGUCUAUUCCUAAUCCCACCAAGAGUGUCCAAAUUUGAACCAAAUCGGACUAAGGUGCUUGAAUUUUGGAUGGGAUUUUUUGAAAAAUUCCAUAGAGAAAACUAAUUAGAAUUUCGACACUAGGUGGCACUGUAUGCACCCGAAAUUACUGCAAGCAAAAGUAAGGAAGAUUUUUUAUUGCCUGUAAUUUUAUCGAAGACUGCAAAUCAAUUCAACUUUGCGAGAAGAAGUUAUUAAACUUGUAACGAAGGGAUAUCUGCGGCUUUUAUCGAUCCUUUUUCGAAUUUUGAAAGAACGAAAGCGCUGCAAGCGAAUUGUCAGUUCAAAUAAUUGUUAAAAAAAACUAAAAUUACCCAAUUUUAACUUCAAAGCUCGCACACAUACUAUUGAAAAUGUAUACGUAAUCGAGCAAAAAAAUCAUUUUUUUUAAAUUAUGAGACCGUCCUUAAAAGUUCAUGCGGUCAUGUUUCUAGUUGGGUAAAAAAUUAUAACCUCUACCAUUUUUCAACCGAUUUUGAUGAUAAAUAGGUAGUUAAAUGCGUAUUUAAAUUUCUCUCUGAAUUUAAACAAUGGUUUUUUAAUAAAAAAAAGAGCAUUUUUCAUAUUUUUCAUAAAAAUUCGCAAAAUAAUGGUAAUUUUGAUAUUGUUGUCUCAAAACCGCAUGGUAUUUUUAACAAAAGAACAUAUCAUCGUGUACCGUUGGAAAGGCCAUUUUUCCCAGAACACAGCAUAAAUUGAAAAUCGGUUGAAAAAUGAUCGCGCAGAAAUAAUUGAAAAUCGGUUGAAAAAUGAUUGCGCAGAGAAAUUUUCAGUGCCGAAAAUUCUGAAAAACAGUUUUUUCACUAUAAAUCAAGAUUUUGAGGUUAUAUUAAAUUGAUCAAACGUGGUUUUGUAUUGUAUUUGACCAGAUGUACAAAACUUUAACAGAUAACUUAAAAAGUACAUAAUUUUUUUUUAUUUUGUAGCACCGUGUUAUCUUUCUUAUAUUCACUUGCAAUGAAAAUCUGAUGCAUACAGCGUCACCUAGUAGCGAAUCUGCUUGCUAGAGCAGAUACUUUUGAAUGGACUAGGGCUCGACGCAGGGAUGAACGGAUUGAGUUGUUAAAAAUUAAUGUUUUUUUUGCUGGGCAGUGUAGUAUGCACUUUUAGAAUAUCAGAUUAAAAUUUCCAUUUUGGUCACUCUGACAAAAAAUACGUAACCCUUUAAGGGAAAAUGGAACCACAUCAAAUUCCUAACCUUUUUGUUUAACAAUCAUUCGAUGGUACAGUUAAGAAUGGGAGUGCAGCAAUUGAACAAGGCUUUCAGGAAAAGCAAAGUACUCGUAGACCGGUUGACACGCUCCUAGUUCUGCAGCUCAUAGGUCCGCAUUGGACCAGGUCCUCCCUACAUGAUGAAUUCAUAUGGAAAAGAAUCUGUCGUCCCUGAACGCCGAAGGCCGAUAUUUUGAGUUUUUAUUCAGCAUUUUAGGCAGGACUGCGGCUUUUAUCGAUCCUUUUUCGAAUUUUGAAAGAACGAAAGCGCUGCAAGCGAAUUGUCAGUUCAAAUAAUUGUUAAAAAAACUAAAAUUUAAGUGCUCACUACUUGUACCUUGUUUGCUAGUAACUUGUUUAAAAUAUUGAAAGUGGUUUGUUUU